AUGAGUUCCAGCUCUAAUGAUGUCCAUCAUAUGAUGGACGAAAACUCAGCUCGUUUUCACCCGAAGCGAGGGUGGCUGUCUCGUGGACCGCGUCAACCUGAACGUCGUAUUAAAGCUGCAAUACAACAGGAUUCAGCCGUCGUCUUCUGGUGA